UAAAAUAAAAAUAUGUGUAUUUCGAGAAUGUGAAGUAAUAGGAACCCUUUUUCACCACGCUAUAUUGCAGUUUUAUUUUGAUUAUUGUCAUUUAUGCAGGCUGUUUAAAAAUAUUUGUAAAGUAAAAUGCUAAUAAUUGAGGGGGGAGUGGGAGGUGAAAGUAAAGGAGAAAGAUACAACAGUGCUCAGUAAUCACACAUUAGUCAUGGCCAUGUUGCUGAAAUUCUAAUAUAGCAUUUUUGAAACGACAGGUUUCUGUUCAAAUAUAAAGGUACAAAGUUUGGCCACUAAAGACGUUUUUAGCUGUUGCAAGAAAAUUCCAGGCUUGGUAAAUAAAGGCUUGUUAUUGUAAAGGUCAUCAGAUGGAUUUGUAACUCCUGGCAGUAUGUAGCCAUGAGUUUUGGCUAAAGUAGCUUAAAACAAUGCAGGUAGGUCUGAAUUUAAAGUAAUUCAGCACGCAAAUUUGAGAGCACCUAGGACUGCAGAAUACUCACAAGCUGAAUAAAACCAGCGCAGCUAUGUUUGCAAGAAGUACACACGGCUAGCAGUAGAAGAUGCUGAAUGAUACCUUGGUGUUAUUCAGCAAACUUGCCUUAAUUCUACAAUAUGUAUUAUAUGUUAGGAUCUUUUUUUAGUUGGUCUUUUGUGAUGUGGCUGGAAGUUAAUUACUGUAGUUUUUCUUUGUAUAAAUGAGUUUUAGAAGUCAUGAAGAUUAUGUCAGGCGUACAAAAAUGAAAUAAUUUAGGGUAAAUGCUCAGUGAAGCAUUUAAUGUAAACAACAGAUCAUAACCUGGAGAAUGUUCCUGGCUGGCACAUUCUGUAAAUUCUGCUCUAAACUUCCUUCCUAUGUUUGCAUAGCUACCUGUUUGCAUAGUGAAAUAAGCGAAAGUCUGAGACUGCCUCAUGUCAGCAUUAGAUGGUUUGGAAAUUUCACCUCUCAGGUUAGCCUCUGGUUAGUGAUUUUCGGUUUUGUUUUGUUUUUUCCAUGCUAUUAGAAUAAUCCUUGAUAUGGGCAUAAAGAUUGAAAGUCUUUCAUACUCAUUGGUACUUCAUAAAACCUGAGGUUGAAACACUUCUGUGUUUCUGACGGUAGUUUUCAGAGAGGAGUAAAUUGGUUUCUCUCAUUGCUGUAGCACCAAACAAGACACCUAAUUGUGCAAAGAAUGUAUUGGAAAAUGGACUUCGGGGAUGUGAGCUAAGGUCAGCCAGCUAAAAGUUACUCUGUCAGGAAUAAACCCAGUGCAAGAUUCUGCUGGCAGUGGACAGCGGACUAAAAGCUUCUGUCUGUAGAGCAUUCCUUGCAUGCUGUUCAAGCAGGGCUGGAUUUGGAGGAUCAAAGUGCAGAGGGAAUAAUAAAGUGAGGAUUCCCUCUGUAUCCCUAAAUUUUCAGGGAAAUCUGUUGUUAUCUGUUGUUACUUAUUCUACAGCUACACUCAAAAAUAAAUUUGUUGGUGUUUGGGUGAGGCUUGUUUCUCCAUUCAGCUAAGAUUUUCAGGUGGUAUCUGUUGAGGAUAGGGAUUGUGUCGAAUGAUAGAACUGCUUCAAGAUUAUCACAAACGAGGUCAUGAAAUAUGCUUCUGGUCAUUCUUUGGAGUAGGGUUGCAAAGAUGUCAUUGAGAAAAAAUGCCAUGCUGCCUCCUCUUUCUCCCCAUUGCAGGCCUUUAAUGUCUUUCCACCUUCGUUCCUUUGCUGUGCUGCUGGCUGGGGAGUAGGGAGUCUGAUACGGGAUUUUUAGCCCAAAGAGUUUGUGCUUAUGUUGGAUAAGUUUCUAGGACUCCAGUGGAUGUCUCUUCUCCUUGUCUCUUGGUGGAAAACUUGCUUGGCUUUAAUGGAUACUGCUGCUGCUGCUGCUGGUUGAUCUCUGGAGACUUUACAGCUCCUUACCUUUUGAGAGGAGGUGAUUUCUCAUCACUUCUCAAGGUCUCAGUGGUAGUAGCUCUUUAUCACUAACCAUCACUGGGGGAAAAAGAAGAUGCCUCUACCUUUUGGGUUAAAAUUGAAACGAACUCGACGUUACACAGUGUCCAGCAAGAGUUGCUUGGUGGCUCGUAUCCAGCUGCUCAACAAUGAAUUUGUGGAGUUCACACUGUCAGUGGAAAGCACGGGCCAGGAAAGUCUGGAAGCAGUGGCUCAGAGGCUUGAAUUGCGGGAGAUUACAUAUUUCAGUCUCUGGUAUUAUAAUAAGCAGAAUCAACGCAGAUGGGUAGAUCUGGACAAGCCUCUGAAAAAGCAGCUGGACAAAUAUGCCUUGGAGCCAACUGUGUAUUUUGGAGUAGUAUUCUAUGUGCCUACUGUUUCUCAGCUUCAGCAGGAGAUUACCAGGUAUCAGUAUUACUUACAAUUAAAGAAAGACAUCUUGGAAGGCAACAUUCCUUGCACACUGGAACAAGCAAUACGUCUGGCUGGUUUGGCAGUUCAGGCGGAUUUUGGAGACUAUGAUCAGUAUGAAUCUCAGGAGUUUCUACAAAGAUUUGCUUUGUUUCCAGUGGGUUGGCUACAAGAAGAAAAAAUACUGGAAGAAGCAACACAGAAAGUUGCCUUGCUACAUCAGAAGUACAGAGGCCUUACUCCUCCUGAUGCAGAAAUGUUAUAUAUGCAAGAAGUAGAAAGAAUGGAGGGCUAUGGUGAAGAGACCUAUCCUGCAAAGGACAGCCAAGGAAGUGACAUAUUCAUUGGAGCAUGUCUUGAUGGUAUCUUUGUUAAACACAAAAAUGGUCGUCCUCCUGUUGUAUUUAGGUGGCAUGAUAUUGCCAACAUGUCCCACAAUAAAUCCUUCUUCGCAUUAGAAUUGGCAAACAAAGAAGAGACAAUUCAGUUCCAAACUGAAGAUAUGGAAACAGCAAAAUAUGUGUGGAGGAUGUGUGUGGCUAGACACAAAUUUUACAGACUAAAUAAAUGCAGCUUACAAACUCAGCCUGUUACAGUGAAUCCUGUUAGAAGACGAUCUUCAUCCAGGAUGUCCAUGCCCAAGCCUCAGCCUUAUAUGAUGCCUCCACCACCUCAGCUGCAUUACAAUGGUCAUUAUAGUGAGCCAUAUGCAUCUUCCCAAGAUAACCUCUUUGUGAGCAAUCAGAAUGGAUACUACUGUCACUCUCAGACUAGCUUGGAUAGAACCCCUCACGACUACAGUGGUCGGAUCCGCAAUGGGAGUGUCUAUAGUGCACACAGCACAAACUCCUUGAACAAUCCACAGCAUUACUUGCAGCCAUCCCCCAUGUCCUCUAACCCAAGCAUUACUGGAAGUGAUGUCCUCAGAACUGAUUAUGUCCCAUCACACAGACACAGUGCACUAAUACCACCUUCUUAUCGUCCCACACCAGACUAUGAGACUGUGAUGAGACAGCUCAACAGGGGCAUGGUGCACACAGAUAGACAGAGUCAUUCAAUGAGAAAUCUUAAUAUCAGCAACUCAUAUGCUUACAGCAGGCCUGAUGCCUUAGUUUACAGUCAGCCUGAAAUUCGAGAGCAUGCCCACUUUGCUGCCCCACAGUCUAACCAUUAUCCAUUUAACCUGAACUACAGCUUCCAUAGCCAAUCCCCCUAUCCCUAUCCUGCUGAAAAGCGCCCAGUUGUUGGGGCAGUCAGUGUGCCUGAGUUGACAAAUGUGCAGCUCCAGUCUCAGGAUUACCCAGCACCAAAUAUAAUGAAGACUCAAGUCUAUCGACCACCUCCCCCAUACCCGUACCCAAGGCCUGCAAAUAGUACUCCAGACCUUUCUCGACACAUCUACAUCAGCAGCAGCAAUCCAGAUCUUAUCACAAGGCGAGUGCACCAUUCUGUCCAGACAUUUCAGGAAGACAGCCUGCCUGUGGCACAUUCUCUUCAAGAGGUCAGUGAACCUCUAACAUCGGCACGCCAUGCUCAGCUGCAGAAAAGGAACAGUAUUGAAAUAGCAGGCUUGACUCCCAGCUUUGAAGGAAUAAGAAUUAAAGAGAGGACCAUGUCAGCUUCUGCAGCAGAUGUGGCUCUUCCAAGAGUUAUCUCAGAAGGGUCACAGCCCAACAUUCUGAUGGAGAGAACGAAGCAAAAAGAAGGUGAGCAAGAAGAAUGCGUGAACUGUGAUCACAAGAAAACCCUUUCAGAUGCCACUAUGCUGAUUCACAGUAGUGAGGAAGAAGAAGAAUUUGAAGAAGAGAAUAAGGCCAGUACAAGUCUUUCUCCUCUCCCUGAAGAUCAAACUCAACUUUCAUCUGUUAUGGGAGGUUAUUCUCAUGAUUCAGUACUAAACUAUCCUUAUAGCUCUGUUGCUUCAUCUGCUGGCCCUUUGCAUAUUCUUGAACCUAAAUUACAUAUCACAGAGGCAGAAAAGAGAAUGAAAGAUAUGAGCCCUGUUCAUUUACUAGUAGAAAGCCAGGUACAGAGAAGAGGGGAAGGACUGCUUACUCCAUCUAUGUCAGAAUCUGAUCUUACAACAUCAGGGAGAUACAGAGUAAGGAAAGAUUCAGUAAAGAAGAGACCCGUGUCCGAUCUUUUGUCUGGGAAGAAGAAUAUUGUGGAAGGCCUUCCCCCUCUAGGUGGUAUGAAAAAGAAUAAAAAUGAUGCAAAAAAAAUGGGGCCACUGAAGCUAGCUGCCCUAAAUGGACUAGCAUUGACUAGAAUGCCUCUGCCAGAUGAGGGGAAGGAAGAAUCAACAAGAGCAACAAAUGAUGAACGAUGUAAAAUGCUGGAGCAGCGGCUGGAGCAGGGGAUGGUGUUCACGGAAUACGAGCGCAUCCAGAAGAAAAGGCUGAUGGAUGGCGAGUGCUCAAUAGCUCGGCUGCCUGAAAAUGCUGAGAGAAACCGCUUCCAGGACGUCCUUCCUUAUGAUGAUACCAGAGUAGAGCUGGUCCCAACCAAAGAAAACAACACGGGUUACAUCAAUGCAUCUCAUAUCAAGAUCUCUGUUGGUGGCAUAGAGUGGGAUUACAUUGCCACGCAGGGCCCUUUGCAAAAUACGUGUCAGGAUUUCUGGCAGAUGAUCUGGGAACAAGGGAUUGCCAUCAUAGCUAUGGUGACAGCGGAGGAAGAAAGUGGGAGAGAAAAAAGCUUCAGAUACUGGCCACGUCUUGGCUCAAGACACAACACUGUGACAUAUGGAAGAUUUAAGAUUACCACGCGAUUCCGUACCGACUCGGGCUGCUAUGCAACCACAGGUUUGAAGAUUAAACAUCUUCUCACAGGACAGGAGAGAACAGUUUGGCAUUUGCAGUAUACUGACUGGCCAGAGCAUGGCUGUCCAGAAGAUUUAAAGGGAUUUUUAUCGUACUUGGAGGAGAUCCAGUCGGUGCGGCGCCACACGAACAGCACAGCAGAGCCGAAAAGCUCAAAUCCUCCCCUGCUGGUGCACUGCAGCGCGGGCGUGGGGCGGACAGGGGUGGUCAUACUGGCAGAGAUCAUGAUCGCCUGCUUGGAGCACAAUGAGAUGCUGGACAUCCCACGAGUGCUGGAUAUGUUGAGGCAGCAGAGAAUGAUGAUGGUGCAGACUCUUUCGCAAUACACUUUCGUCUAUGGAGUUCUCAUUCAGUUUCUCAAAAGUUCUAGACUUAUCUAACCCAUAUGAUUUCCUAAGAGACUCUGCAAGAGUUUACAGAAAGAAAAUCAAGAGUUGUCCAGACCUGCUCUCACUGGUGUUCUCUUCAUAUGAUGAAUCACAGCGUUACCAUUUAGGGCUGCCAUGAGUCAGUGUAACAGUCCCUGCACAGCAGGAUCUUCACUGGACUGAAUUCUUCCCAUGUUCAGCCACAGUCACACUAAGGAAUGAUUUUACUUGCACACAUUCUUUAGAGCGGUGUUACUCUGAGCAAAAUAAGUAUCUUAUGGAAUGGAGGUAUAUAGUACAAUUUUACUAACAUUAUGUUUUGAAACGUAAUUGUUGACUUUGCAAAAGCUAAAAUCUGUAGGUGCACAUGGGGUCAGAAACCUGCCCCUUGGGAAUGUCAAGGUCUUAUGCAGUUUGAUUCUGCUUUCAAUUUUAUAUUUAGAGCAAUACAUCUAUAUUUUUUAAAAUGAACAUUUGGUUUCCUCUGGUUUACUUAACAAAAUUAGCAGCUCUUAGGUAUCUUAAGCUGUUGCUUUAAGGACAGUUAUUUUUAUAUUUAGGAUUUUUUAAAUAAAAAAAGACAAAACAAAACACCACAACAGAAAACUUUUUAAACAUAACUAUUUUCAGAGGAGAAGACUAACAAUGUUUGAACCAACUUUUCAAAAAUCAUGCAGAAAGUCCCAGGGAAGCUGUUGGUAGUUGCAGCACCAUGUAAUAGAACAGACAAGUGAACAAUAAUGGUAACUGUUGAUAACUUUCAUUUGAGAAGAGAGUGCUUACCUGCAGCGGGCAGGGGAAAAAUAUUUUAAAUAUAUACGAGAUUAUUGGAAACAAAUGGAUGAGAGAAAGUACAUAUUCAGUAUUAUUCAUAUAUUUAGAGGACAGUUUGAUUUUACUGGCUGAAAUCAAAAUGGAUGAAAAUGUUUUAAGCACUUUUUUUUUUGCUCUGUUAUUUAUGUAGCUAAAUAUAGAGACUAUAAUCAUGCAUUGUUUCAUUUGGUAAUAUACCAUUACUAACCUGUUAUUUUAAGAAGAGCUUUUUAAGUUGAUGAAGUGAGAGAACUAAAAUGAGAGUAGGAAGGUGCAGAGUUGGUGAAGUGGAAAUGAUUGAAUGAAGUGUAAUGGAGGAGGUGUGGCAGCUAUGAUUGCUGGUUUACACAGUGCAAAGAUGACCUUAAAAAAAAGUUAAUGUUCCCAGCCAAGAAAGCCAGUAAAGCACUGGAAGUUUCUGUAGAAUCCUCCAGAUUAUUUUGUUAGUGCUAGAGCAGAUUUUGCUAAUGCUGUGCAGUGUUGAAAUGAAGAACAUUUGAGAACUUGCAGAAGAAGAGAUCCUGGAGGAAACACUGGAGAUGUGAGUAAUUUAGCAGCUGUGUAGGUGGCUGAGUCAGUGGCUGUGGCAUGGACCUGAGGUGGGCAGGUACAGCCUACAGUAAUUUCCAUUUUGUCCCGUGGGGCUGGUCAAAUGACAAUAUCCCUAAAUAAUCCUCUGUGGUUUUCAGUGAGGACAGCCUGGUUUUCGCUGCCUUUCCAAGUGUUUUGAGAUGCUGAGUUGAAAAUCCCUAUUCCAAAUUGAGCUGUAGAUUUUAGAUAUCUUGUUUAAUUUCAAAAAAAACUUAUAGUAGACCAGUCUGCAGGCAUGGUUAAGUGUACAUUUCCCUUGAUACCUGCUUAGUGAAAUGAAAUGAAACUAAAAGCCAGGUUUAUUAGCGCUGGAAUUGUUAUUUUUCUGAGCUCUAACAAGGAUUUGGAAACUCUUAAACCCCCUUCAAAAAAAUAGUUGUGUCCCAAAACAUGAAUUAAGAAUUAUAAAUAGGUUGCCUAAAUUUCCUCUGUAGUAAGCUGCUUCCAUGAAUUUAAACACAUGGUCCAAAAUACAUUGUACUAGUAUGUCAUUUAAUACAAAAUAUAUUACUUUUAGGUACACAAUAUUGAUCUGGUGCUUUCAGGUCUGCUUAGAAGCAGUCUGAUUUGUUGUACUCUCACUAUAAAUUAGAAUGAAUACUUCAGACUAAGGAAAAUAAAUGUUGUUCUUAUAUAAAAUUCCUAGGAAUUAUUAAUUGCCAAAUAUAAAACUGGAAGUCCAGAGGAAACCAGUUAGUGAUUCUUUAUAUAUAAACCUUGCAAACAUACCAAUCUGACAUAUCCGUGUUGACAGAAGUAUUGAAAGAAGCAAGCAUACUUUGCUAUUUGUGUCAUGCUGUGUUUUAAAAACAUUGUUAAUUUUUACCACAGUUUACUUCUAUCUCUAGAAAUCUUUUUGAAUGGGAGGGCAGGCUCUAAAAUGUAGCUUGUACCUCCUGCAUUUCUAAACUUUGCACUGUGAUCUUCAUAACCUGAUAGAUGCAGUUUUAAUGACAUGAUGGACAACCAGAACUUCAAGCAGCAGUUUCUGAGACACAACGUCAGCUGUGAGGCAUUAAAAGGAGCAGUUAUGAGAAGCAAUUUAAUCCAGUAUUUAUGGGAUUAUCUGAGGUGGGUGAGGAAAUGUGUGUCUUAUGGCUUAUUUUUCUGUUUCUAGCUAAAAGAAGUUGUGUUCACUUUUAGAGGUGGUUGUGCUCAAAUCUGGUAGUCACAGUUUUGGUUUUUUUAGUGCAACACUGCUACCUCCUUCCCUUCAGCUUCCAGUUCUGUCCAUCAGCAGUCUGUUUUUGCAGUAAUAGACUUGACCUUAUUAGACUUGACUUUAUGUGAGUUUUUCUACUGAACACUGUAGGAUGGCUUUUGUUUGUAAGCAUAUGGCUCUGAGUGAGCAUUGAAAAUGAGAAGUUUCUCUUCUAGAUACCAAAUGAAAUUAAACUUCACAACCUUCUAUAAAAAAUAUUUUUUAAAAUGUUUAGAUUUUCAGUUAACUUAUAAAUGACAAUUCAGUUUUUAGCACUUUUGAUCUGAGCCUUGAAAAGGGAUGCAUUUUUACAUGUAGUUGUGCUGGGUGCUUCAUGAAGGUUUGGAUGUUUUAAAAAUAUCCACUGUCCAAAUCCAGUCACAGUGUGAGUCAGAGGUGGAUUUAUUUGUAAAAAAACUUAAAAUUUUUCUAAAAGCCUGUCCAAUUUUGCCAAAUGUGUAUCUGUUUUUAUGGGGAUGAAAUCAGAUGAUUAUGCAAGAUUUGAACAGAGUUUGUUUUGUAAGAAAAGUUGUAUGAAAAAUUUUUGCAGCAAAUGGCAAAGAUGAUGCUGAUCUCUAGGGAUGUCAGAGCUCUCAGGGACAAAUAAAGGUGCUAUAUACUGUCAA